GAAUGUCCAACUCAAGCACCUUCAACCUCCUCCUAGUAUGCGCGUUCGCGCUCCUCGCCGUCUCCGCAAUGGCCGACGGCAGCGCGUACGCGACAGCCACGCCGUCGACCAUAUGCAACGUGGGCGUGUCGGAGCUGGCGCAGUGCCUCCCGGCGAUAACCGGGAAGGCUCCGCCGCGGCCGACGAAGGAGUGCUGUGGGGUGAUGAAGAAGGCCAACCUGCGGUGCCUAUGCAACUACAAGGCGCAGUUCAAAAGCUUCGGAAUAGAUCCAGCUAAAGCCAUGGCGUUGCCCAAAAAGUGUGGCCGUAACCUUCCAAGACAAUGCUGAAUUUAUGUAUGUUUGAUUAAUUAAUGCUUAAUUUUCUAGUAAUCUCUCUUUAUAAUCGUUUCUGCUUCUUUGCUUGUAGACUCAAUGUCUCAAUGUAUUAAUGCUUUCGUUUUCACAUCAAAUGUCUAAAUAAAAUAGAGAAGAAAAAAUGCAGCAUGGUGGUAGUA